AUGAGGCUUACACCUCCGAGGGCCAGGGCCAGGGCCAGCCAAAACGAAGGAGACGGGGUCCAGUACUCAUCGACCAGUUCGACGCGCCCCCCGUCUACAUUCGACCUGACGAACCUAUGCAACCAGCUUCCCGAAGACGCUGAUGAGCGAACUCUUGCCGAGCUUCUUUCUCCAGAGCUACGUGAUUCACUACCACCGCCCCUUCGAGCCAGCCCUGGGGAUCACGCAAGCCAAAGGGCAAUCGAAGCAGCCAAGUUGGAUCCCAUCCUGAGCGUGACGGAGGCCGAUCGUCGCAAAUACUGGCUCCGGGUGGACCCUGACCUGAGGAAAUGCCUCCGAGACCUCCACGUGAACUUCGGACACCCAACAAACGUCACCUUGCAGCGGCUUCUCCGAAGGCAAGGUGCGAGGCCAGAAGCGAUUCGAGCUGUUGAUUUUAUGUCCUGCGACUCCUGUGGAGAGACUCACCGGAGGAAGCGGCCAAAGCCAGUGCGACUCCCGAACAAGUACAUCUUCAACAACCACCUCCAGAUAGAUGUCUUUUACGCCAAGGACAUUAAAGGCCAGCUGUUCGGCUUCCUCAACGUGGUCUGCGAUGCCACAGGGUUUCAAGUUGUGAGCUGUUUGGGAAGCAACCAAGGGCCUCCCUCUACCAAGGCCGUUCUGCGCCACUUCCUCACCGCUUGGUCAUCGUGGGCCGGCCUCCCGAACUCGAUUCAGGUGGACCGCGGGAAGGAGUACCUUGCGCAUUUCUCUGACUACCUCAAGGCCUACGGUGUGGAACAGGAGGCGAUGGCCUUGGAAGCCCCCUGGAAGCUGGGUCGCGCAGAGAAGGGCGGCGGCCUGUGGAAGGAAGUUUUCCAGAAGGUGGUUCAUGACCAACAGGUGGCCGGGCUGGAAGACGUGGUCACUGCCACCGCCAUCGUGACCCAGACCCGGAACGCCUUCCCGAGAACGUCCGGUUACGCGCCAAACUCUUGGGUUUUGGGACAGCCCGAGGUGAGACUUCCAGGCAGCCUUCUACUUGACAACGAGAGAGAACGCUUAGAGGUACUUGAGGGUGCUGAGGACCCACGGUCGGCCAUGGCCAGGACGCUGAACUUGCGUGAGUCCGCGAAAGUGGCGCAGAUCAAGCUGGACACCGACGGCCGUGUUAGGAGAGCACUUUUGCACCAGAGCACGCCCACUCGAGGUCCGUACCCCGUGGGGAGCUACGUCUACUUCUUUCGUGCACAAGCACCACCUGGGACAGGGAGAACCUAUCGCUGGCAUGGACCCGCGAGAGUUAUCGGCGUUGAGCUUCGGAACUCGAGGCGAACUGAAGACCAGGACCUCCCAACAGCAGGCGGGCAACCACACAGUUACUGGCUGCGAUACGGGGCAAGUGUUAUCCUGGUCACAGGCGAGCAGCUGCGUUUUGCCAGUGAAGAUGAGCUGCUCGCGGCGCACAUGGUGCCACAGGAGAUCCUUGAGCCGCCCUACGCACGAGGCGCGAGGAACUUUGUUGACUUGAGAGCUCAGCCUAUGUUGCCGGCGGCCCCUGAGCACGAAGAGGCCCCUGCACCUUUGACGUCACCACGCACUCGGCCGGCAUCUUCCUCACCGAUGCCUACCACGUCGUCGGCGCCUUCGGUGACGAUACCCGGUACAGCCAUUCAGAUACUACCUGAGUUUCUUCCUCCCGUUCCCGAAGAUGAUGAUGGAGGGCUACUUGACGAAAUUGGCCAAGCAACCCCUCGAGAAUCUCAGCAAAAUCCAAGGACGGGUGGGGAUCAAGACAACCAGACUAUAGAGUCAGGUCAAGCAACCCAUCGAGAAUCAAAGCAAAAUCCAAGGACGGGUGGGGCACAUGAUUUAGCUAUGUCACGACAGGCAUCUACGGUGACUUCCGAACCGGAGCCGCAGCCUACAACACAGGUGGUUCCAGUUCAGGCUCCAGCUGCAGUUCAAGGACAGUCCCCGUUGAGUCGACCAAAUAUUUUUGCUGACCUCAACCGUCUUGAUGGGUAUGCCCCGAACCGCACGGCACGUGAGCCAGUCCAAGGACCCUACAUGGUCGAGCCCGGCGACUGGGACUGCCCCACUUUGCCACACACAGUACGCGAAGCCAAUCUAAGGAGAAUGGCUGGCUACUUCGAUGAGUUCGACAACGGCUCGGAGGAAGAAGAGACCGUAGACUACACUGCCCAGGACCCCGCCGACGUGCUGCUCACCGGAAAGGCCGUGAAGUCCGAGAUCAAGCUCGAGGACCUUGGCCCAGACGAGCGGAAGAAGUUCGAAGGUUCCAUGGCAAAGGAGUGGAGCUCUUGGCAGCUCUUCGAGGCAGCGGACAAGCUCACGCCUGAGCAGAGGAAAGAGCUGCCCGAUGACGUGCAGAUCAUCGGCACCAGAUGGGUGCACACUGACAAGAACGCAAAGCCAAGGAUGCUCGCCAACUACCUCCGGAAAAGGACGGGCAAAACCAAGGAGCAGAUCAACAAGGAGUUUCCCUUUGAGCCAAAGUCCCGGAUAGUGGUCCAAGGUUGCCAGGAGGACCCCACCGGGAUAAGGAGCGACAGCCCUACAGCAUCCCUGUUGGCCUUCAACCUGGUGUGUGCCAUCUCGGUCCUGAAGCGCUGGACCAUUACAGCUUGCGAUGCCUCAACGGCUUACCUUCAGUCCAAGGGCAUCAGCAGAACCUUGAUUCUACGACCACCUCGACCACCACCUCCUGGCAUCUCCCCUCACGAUCUACUACGAGCUCGCGGAAGCAUCUACGGAACAAAGGACGCAGGGAGAGCCUGGUGGAAGAAGCUGUACAAGACGCUCAAAAGGCACUCUUGGUUGAUGUCUCGCAUCGAGGCUGCCCUCUUCUACCUUGUCGAAGGCGGCCGGCUGAUCGGUGUCAUGAUCAGCCACGUGGAUGACCUCUACUGCACCGGCGAAGGCGAACGCUACGAGACCACGCUGAACGAACUCGAGAAGGAGCUGCACUUGAAGAUCAAGAGAAGCGAAUUCAGGUUCUGUGGAAAGAACGUGAAACAAACCAACGGCGCCAUCGAGCUGGACCAGUACGACGCCAUCGAGGGAGUGGACUACAUGUUGUUUUCCCCGGCACGACGCAAAGAGGUCAAUGCCCCGCUGACCGAAGAGGAGAAGUCUCAGUUCAGAGGUUUGAUCGGCCAGAUGGGCUGGAUCACAAGGCAGAGCAGGCCCGACCUCAUGGUGAACGUGAGCCUGGCCUCCCAGACCAUGGGCUCCCCAAAGGUCAAGGACGUGAUCAACCUCAACAAGGCCGUGAAGAUGCUAAAGGAGACCUCGGAUGCGAAGUGGAGAUUCGUACCAUCCGACAUGACCCUCGAGAAUGCCCGCGUCUUCUGCUUCGCAGACAGCAGCUUCGCGAACACAGAGUCUCUGAAGUCGCAGUGCGGCUACCUCGUGGGCCUCACCACCGAGGCCAUGGACUCCGAGAACGACGCCCCGAUCCUCAUCCUCGAGACUUACUCUGGAAGCAUAAAACGAGUGUGCAGGAGCACCCUUGCCGCAGAAGCCAACGGCCUACUUGCUGGAGUGGAGGCCGCGGAGUACCUGCAGAUGCUCAUGGAGGAGAUUAUGUACCCCGAGGAGAGGCUCGUGGACAUCAGCCGGGAGUUCGCCAAGGAGAAGGUGCUGUGCUACACAGACGCUAAGAGCCUCGAAGCAGCUCUGAACAAGGAUGCCGGCCAGAGCCAAGACAAGAGGCGAGAACCACUACUGGAUGCGAUGAACACCGGCACCUGGCGCUUGGCACCUACGGAGGAAGCCAAGCACAAGAAGCUUAUGAUCAGAGCAGGCCGGCAUGCCAGAAAGGCAGCCCUACGUGUAGCCGAGGACGGGUGA